CACCUCGAAGCACAAUAUCCCCCACCACGACCAACUGCCACGACUUCCGCUCUUGCCUUUCUCUAUUUCAUGUCGGCUCUCUCGAUUUUGAGCCAUGGGUCGAGUAAUUCGUGCGCAGCGUAAAGGUGCGGGAUCCGUCUUCCGAUCCCAUACCAAGAGGAGGAAGGGAGCACCAAAGCUCCGCUCUCUAGACUACUCUGAGAGGCAUGGAUUUAUCAAAGGUGUCGUAAAGGAUAUUAUUCAUGAUCCUGGUCGUGGCGCACCAUUAGCAGUGGUACAUUUCCGUGACCCUUACAAGUUCAAGACACGUAAAGAAUUAUUCAUUGCUCCAGAGGGAAUGUACACUGGUCAAUUUUUGUAUUGUGGAAAGAAAGCCAAUCUUCAAAUUGGAAACGUAAUGCCAGUUGGUAUGAUGCCUGAAGGUACUAUUGUCUGUAACUUAGAAGAGAAGACUGGCGAUAGAGGUCGAUUGGCCAGAGCUUCGGGGAAUUAUGCUACAGUGAUAACCCAUAAUCCUGAUACCAAGAAAACUAGAGUUAAGUUACCUUCUGGUGCAAAGAAGGUCAUUCCCUCUAACAACAGAGCGAUGGUUGGAAUUGUCGCUGGUGGUGGACGUAUAGAUAAGCCUAUAUUGAAAGCUGGUAGAGCGUAUCACAAGUACAAGGCAAAGAGGAAUUGUUGGCCCAAGGUUCGUGGUGUUGCUAUGAAUCCUGUGGAACAUCCUCAUGGUGGUGGUAAUCAUCAACACAUUGGUAAGGCAUCUACUGUCAAGCGUGGAACCAGCGCCGGUCGUAAGAUCGGUCUUAUUGCUGCUCGUCGUACUGGACGAAUCAGAGGAGGCAAGACCGAUACGAAGAAGGACGAUUAGAUAUGAAUUAUUAAUUUUUGUCACAUAUGUGUACAAUAAAAAAAAAGAAAAAUA